UGGUAGCGACCUUACUUAUUCUUAAAGUCAUCAAAUCCUUUUCUUGCAAUUCAUUUCAAAUCCAUCCCCUGAAAACCCUUUUCUUGUAUUCACCCUUUCUCUCCUCUGUUUUUAAAUCUCUCAAAUCCUCUCGAUUUGGUUUAUUCCCUUUAAAUGAUCAAAAUUUCCCAGCAGUACUUGCAGAAAGAUCAUGUGCCUGAAAAUGGGUUACUGUUUCAAGAAGGGGAAAUUGGUGCGAGUGAAGAAGAAGAAUGGUGACGUUUAUGUUCACCAUGGGGUUGGAGAAGAUCAUAGGGAUAAUAAUUAUCAGGAGCAGGAACAAGCUGGCAAGGGACUGCUGGCCAGAGAAAUUGAGAGAUGGAACACUGUUAAGCAGCAGCAGCGAGAGCCGAGAGAUGCCGCCGUUGAAUGAUCAAGAAGGCGGCGGCGGCCACGGCGACCUACGUACCACAACAAGGUCGACUGUUGUCUAGUAAUACAUACUGUAUCCUCUUCUUGGCCCACUAUUGUUUCUACUAUAUGUUCUCUAUGUUGAAGAGGUUUUGUGGCUUUUGAGAUUGUUUGAUGAUUGGAGGAGAGAAGAGGGAUUCAAUUUUAGUGACUUGAUCCUUUCCAGGUUGUGUUUUGCUUGGCUAUUUAACUAAUAACCACAUUUGUAUAUUCGGGUGUUAUUUGGCACGGUGAUUUAUAAAUCCCAUCUCACAAAUAUUAUUUUCCAAUCUUGAGAAGUGGAUGUCUUUGUAUAUAAUCGUUCAGUUAAGGACCUUUUUGUACUUUGGCCAUAUUAAACCCAUAUUACUUGUUGCUGGGAUAUAAGGUCGCGUAUUCUUGUGGCCGAACUCACCUUCAAAGAUUUCUAUUUUGCGUCAUAGUCAAACUUUAUCGGGAACUCAGCUCUAUGUGUGCGUGGAUUAGUCCCGAUCUUCGGGAAAACCUGUAAGAAACACGGAUCUAGGCG